CGCUGCAGGGAACCGGGAGAGGCAUGGAGCACGGCAGCUCUGAGCAGAGUUGGGACUUCCUGCGGGACCAUGUCCUGAAGACUCUGAAGCUGAGGAGCGAGCGCUGGCAGAAGUGCAUCGGCACCGAGGGGCACCGGCUCGUGAUCCAGGACUUUGUGGAGAGGAGCGAGCAGACGGUGCUGGUGCUGACCCUCAGCCCGGCCGGGGACUUGGUGCCCAGCCUGGACUUCCCAAACCUCAGCAAGAACAAAGCGGUUUUCUUCGUCAAAAGGCACAGAGGCAAACUCAGCGCCGACUGCAUGAAGAACAGCCUGGUGUUCGGAGACCUGGCUUACUGCCCUCUGGACCAGUUCGCAGCCCUGGUAGACGAGGUGGUUGUGCCGGUUUUAACCAACAGCAGGAAUCACAACAGUUGGCCGCAAGUUGUGUCCCAGGAUGUCAUGCGGCAUGUCCACAGCCUGAAGAGCAAUGUCAUUGUAGCCGUAGGUCAAGUGAAAGGCAAGACUCUGUUGCCUUUGCCAGUUGGAGCAGAGAGAGCUGCAGCUUUGUAUAAAUUGGGAAAAAAUGGUGAAAUCCUGGACAAAGCAGUUGUGCACACUAUUGAAUCUGUUAUAAUUGAUUGGAGCCACCAGAUCAGUGAGGUGCUAAACAGAGACUCCUCUGAACCUCUGCUCAAAGGCGACAAUCCCAAUCCGAAUGUGGAGCUGGAGUUCUGGAAAAACAGGUGCACCAACCUGGAAUGCAUUUGUGAUCAACUCAGGUCGAGAAAGGUGCAAUUGAUGGUGGAGCUGCUGGAGAGGAUGGAGAGCAGCUACUUCCCAGUGUUCAAAACCAUAUUCAGUGAUGUUGUUGCAGCUCUGACUGAGGCGAGGGAUAUCAAUCUGCACUUGAAGCCACUCCAGCGCUAUUUCGAGGACAUUGAGAAUGUGGAGUUUAAUGAGGUGAAACCCCUGAUUAGCUGCCUCAUGCACUUGGUGUGCCUGAUCUGGACUAGAUCCAAGUACUACAACACUCCGGCACGUAUCAUAGUCCUUCUGCAGGAGAGCUGCAACCUCCUCAUUCAGCAGUCUCGUGCUUAUCUCAACCCAGAAGACAUCCUGAAAGGUGAAGUAGAGGAAAGCUUGAGCAAGUUACGGGACUCUGUUGACACCCUGUGCCUUUUCAAGCAAGUUUUUGAGGAAAAAAGAGGAAAUCUGCAGAGGUACUCCAAGGAAGGUGAAAGCGUGAAAGAGUGGGACUUUAAUUCUCUCCUGAUCUUUGCCCGAAUGAAUGGCUACCUCAACAGACUUGAGCAGAUUGAGGAUUUCUUGGUGACAGCACAAGAUCUAUUUAAACUGGAAAAAAUUGAGUUUGGAGGGAUCCGCGGCAAGGGCUUGAGCCUGCAGGUGGUGAGAAUUUAUGAGGAAUUCCAGGAGAUUUAUAAAGCAUUUACAGAACAUACAUAUGACUGUUUGGAUCCUGUUAACCAGGAAUUUGCAAAAGACUUUUUGGUUUGGAAGCAGAAAGUCGAGGACGUAGACCGACGGCUGGCCACCGUUUUCUGUCAGGCUUCCGAAGAUACACCUGCCUUGGAACACGCCUUCAAGUUGCUGGAUAUGUUUGGCAGUCUCCUUGAGAGGCCUCUAAUAGCAGCUGAUGCGUCUGACAAAUACCCUCGCCUUAUUGUCAUGUACAGUAAGGAACUAGAUGAUGUUAAGCAAAUUUAUAACAGGCACAUGGACGAAGCAAUGGAAUUUGGACGCCCCACUGUGAACAAGAACAUGCCGGUUGUCGGGGGUGGGUUACGCUGGGCUAUGGAAUUAAGGGAACGGAUCCGUGUGCCAUUUAAUAACUUCAGAAAUAUCACACACUCAUGUUUGGACUCAUCUGAAGGUAAACAAAUGAUUCAGAAGUAUGAGGAGAUGAUGGAACUCUUGGAUCAGUACGAAGCAAGGCUGUAUUUAGAAUGGUCUGAGACUGUUGCUGAUAAGUCUCAGUUUAAUCUGACUCAACCUCUCCUCAAACGAGAUCCAGAAACAAAACUCAUCUCAGUGAACUUUGAUCCUCAGCUGGUCUCCGUCUUACGAGAGGUCAGAUACUUAGAGGCACAUCACACCGUAAAGAUUCCCGACACUGCAGCUGAAAUCUAUGCCUUGAAAGAAUCAUACCGACGAUAUGUGGCCAUCUUGGAGCUGACCACAAACUGGUACAACAAGGUCCUAAAAUCCAUCCUGGGGGUGGAAUUCCCUCUCAUAGAAGAGCAGGUGCAGCAGAUUGACUCCAAAAUAAAGGAGGCAGAAGAGUCAUUGAACUGGAAGAAUGAAGGGAUCUGGGAUUACAUCCAAACAGUCCGUGAUAUGGUUCAUGACUUGGAGUGCCGAGUACAGAAAGCUAAAGACAAUGUGGAUGCAAUGCUGAAUAUUAUGAAGACAUGGGUGUCUCCUGUUUUUGAAAGGAAGGAUGGGAAAAAGGAUGCCCUCCUCAAUCUGGAUGACAAAAAGGAAAGGCUUGAGAAACGUUACAGUUUUAUUCAACAAACGGGUGAAAAAAUCCACUCCUUGCUGAAGGAAAACCUGAGUCUGUUCCAAGCAGAUGAAACUUCGAAUGUCUGGAAGGCAUAUGUUGACUACAUUGAUGAAAUGGUCAUUGAUGGUUUCUUCAAUGCUAUCGAAUACUCUCUGAAUUACUUAGUAGAAAAUACUGAGCCUAAAGCCGGAUUUGCACCACUGUUUGAAGCCCAGUUAGACUUGGUCUCCCCAGACUUAGUCUUCCGUCCGUCUCUUGAGAUCGGCACCAAUGACAGCUUCUACGACAUGGUAGAUGGGCUGAUUAAUGAUGUCUUCAGAAUUUCAUCGCUGGUGCCCAGGUUGGCAGAGCACAGCAACUUUCCUCACUAUCAGGCUGAUAUGGAAGACAUGGCUGACCUGAUAGACAUGCGUCAACAACUGAUGGACAGCAUUCAACACGUCAUGGCAAAAUGCUGCAGUUAUCAAAACUCCUUUGACCAGUAUGCUUAUCUGUGGGUCGACGAUCGAAAGGAGUUUAUGCGUCAAUUCCUUCUCUAUGGGCACGUUCUCACUGCUGAAGAAAUUGAGGCACAUGCAGAAGAUGGUGUACCAGAAAGCCCCCCAACACUCGAGCAGUAUAAGGAACAGGUAGACUCUUAUGAGAAGAUCUAUGAUGAGGUGAAUCAUCUAGAGCCCAUCAACAUAUUUGAUGGCUGGAUGCGAAUUGAUGCCAGGCCAUUCAAGUCUGCCUUGUUGAAUAUCAUUAAGAAGUGGAGCCUUAUGUUCAAACAGCACCUGAUUGACCAUGUAACAAACAGUCUGACCGAUCUCAAAGCAUUUAUCAAAGCGGCAGAAGGAGGUUUGCGUCAGAAGGUUGAAGAAGGUGACUUCAAUGGCCUGAUUGGUGUAAUGGGCCACCUCAUGGCUGUGAAAGAGAGACAGGUUACAACGAAUGAGAUGUUUGAGCCUCUUAAACAGACAAUAGAGCUCCUGAAGACCUAUGAACAGGAAUUACCUGAAGAAGUUCAUCAACUGCUAGAGGAACUGCCAGAGAAGUGGAAUAACAUUAAGAAGCUAGCAAUAACAACGAAGCAGCAGGUGGCUCCUCUACAGGCCAAUGAAGUGACAAUCCUUCGCAAGAAAUGUGCAAGUUUUGAUGUGGAGCAACACAAGUUCCGAGAAAGGUUUCGCAAGGAAGCACCAUUCAGGUUCAACAGUACACAACCUUACCAGAUGUUGGAUGUUGUCCAUUGCCAGAUUAGCCAAAUGGAAGCCACCAUGGGCACCAAUAAUGAGUCUGCCAGUUUAUUUGAGGUUAAUGUACCAGACUACAAGCAACUGAAACAGUGCAGAAAGGAAGUAUGUCUUCUUAAAGAACUCUGGGAUAUGAUUUUUCUCGUGAAUUCAAGCGUGAAUGACUGGAAGACGACAAAGUGGAGGGAAAUCAAUGUUGAAAACAUGGAUAUGGAAUGUAAGAAGUUUGCUAAAGAUAUUCGUGCCUUGGAUAAGGAAGUAAGGGCAUGGGAUGCUUUUACUGGGUUGGACAACACAGUGAAGAAUAUUUUGACUUCCUUACGGGCUGUGGCGGAACUUCAGAACCCAGCUAUUCGGGACAGACAUUGGUAUCAACUAAUGCAGGCGACAAAUGUAACAUUCACAAUGGAUGAUCGCACAACUCUAGCUGACCUUUUGAAACUGAAUCUGCACAACUUUGAAGAUGAGGUUCGUGGAAUUGUUGACAAAGCGGUGAAGGAAAUGGGCAUGGAGAAGGUAUUGAAAGAACUGAACACAACCUGGAGCAGCAUGGAAUUUCAGUACGAAGGCCACUCACGCACUUCUGUUCCAUUGCUCAAAUCUGAUGAGGAGCUUAUUGAGACCCUGGAGGACAACCAAGUCCAGCUGCAGAACCUGAUGACUUCCAAGUACAUUGCCUUCUUUUUGGAAGAGGUAUCUAGCUGGCAGAAGAAGCUGUCUGUAGCUGACUCUGUCAUUUCAGUCUGGUUUGAGGUGCAACGCACAUGGUCACAUCUCGAAAGCAUCUUCAUUGGGUCUGAAGACAUUCGAUCUCAAUUGUCCGAGGAUUCCAAGCGCUUUGAUGGAAUCGAUGUAGAUUUUAAGGAGCUGGCUUGGGAUGCUGAACGAACUCCGAAUGUAGUGGAAGCUACUAACAAAGCAGGAUUGUGCGAAAAGCUUGAAGACAUCCAGGUCAGACUGGCUCUCUGUGAAAAAGCAUUGGCUGAAUACCUUGACACGAAAAGACUGGCAUUCCCCAGGUUUUAUUUCAUUUCCUCCGCUGAUUUGUUGGAUAUUCUGUCCAAUGGCACCAACCCUCAUCUGGUUCAGCGUCACUUGUCCAAACUAUUUGACAACAUGGCGAACAUGAAGUUCCGGACUGAGGCAGACAAUCAACCAACGAAAAUGGCCUUGGGGAUGUACAGCAAGGAGGAGGAGUAUGUGGACUUCAAAGAGUCAUGUGACUGCAGUGGACAGGUUGAGACCUGGCUGAAUCGAGUGCUUGAUUCCAUGAGAGACACAGUAAGACAUGAAAUGACUGAAGGUGUGGUGGCCUAUGAGGAGAAGCCAAGAGAUCAAUGGCUUUUUGAUUACCCAGCCCAGGUAGCGCUUACUUGCACCCAGAUUUGGUGGACUACAGAGGUUGGCAUUUCCUUUGCCAGACUGGAAGAAGGGUAUGAAAAUGCCAUGAAGGACUAUUAUAAAAAACAGGUGAACCAGCUGAACACGCUCAUUACCAUGCUCGUUGGCCAACUGUCAAAGGGCGACCGGCAGAAGAUCAUGACCAUCUGCACCAUUGAUGUCCAUGCCCGCGAUGUUGUUGCAAAGAUUAUUGCUCAAAAGGUUGAAAACUCUCAGGCAUUUGUCUGGCUCUCCCAGCUUCGCCAUCGCUGGGAUGAUGAAACUAAACACUGCUUUGCCAACAUUUGUGAUGCCCAGUUCUUGUAUUCCUAUGAAUAUUUGGGCAACACCCCUCGAUUGGUAAUUACACCACUGACAGACAGAUGUUACAUCACUUUGACCCAAUCUCUGCACCUGACGAUGAGUGGAGCCCCAGCUGGACCUGCAGGAACAGGGAAGACCGAAACCACAAAGGACUUAGGCCGAGCACUGGGAAUCAUGGUCUAUGUAUUCAACUGCUCUGAACAGAUGGAUUACAAGUCCUGUGGCAAUAUCUACAAAGGCUUGGCACAGACUGGCGCCUGGGGCUGUUUCGAUGAGUUCAACAGGAUUUGUGUUGAGGUGCUCUCUGUGGUAGCUGUGCAGGUGAAAUCCAUUCAGGAUGCAAUCCGAGACAAAAAGAAGCGCUUUAACUUCAUGGGCGAAGAGAUCAACCUGACUUUGUCCGUCGGGAUCUUUAUCACUAUGAACCCUGGUUAUGCAGGGCGUACAGAACUACCUGAGAACCUAAAAGCCUUGUUCAGACCCUGUGCUAUGGUGGUGCCAGACUUUGAGUUGAUCUGUGAAAUUAUGUUGGUCGCAGAAGGGUUCAUCGAAGCAAGGUUAUUAGCCAGGAAGUUCAUCACCCUGUACCAGCUUUGUAAAGAACUACUUUCAAAACAGGAUCACUAUGACUGGGGUCUUCGCGCAAUCAAAUCUGUACUGGUUGUAGCUGGUUCACUGAAGAGAGGUGACCCAGGCCGUCCAGAGGACCAAGUCCUGAUGCGAGCGCUUCGAGACUUCAACAUUCCAAAGAUCGUAACUGAUGACAUGCCGAUUUUCAUGGGCCUGAUUAGUGAUCUCUUCCCAGCGCUGGAUGUUCCCAGAAAGAGAGACCUUCAGUUUGAAGGCCGUGUAAAGCAGUCUAUCCUGGACCUAAAACUGCAGGCUGAGGACAAUUUUAUCUUGAAAGUUGUUCAGUUAGAAGAGAUGCUUGAAGUGAGACACUCUGUGUUUGUUGUGGGCAAUGCUGGAACUGGCAAAACUCAGGUCCUGAAAUCCUUAUACAAAACUUAUCAGAACAUGAAACGACGACCAGUCUGGGCUGAUCUUAAUCCCAAGGCUGUCACUAAUGAUGAACUCUUUGGAAUCAUCAACCAGGCAACCAGAGAGUGGAAGGAUGGGCUCUUCUCAUGUAUCAUGCGUGAGCUGGCAAACAUAACCCAUGAUGGUCCCAAGUGGAUUGUGCUGGAUGGUGACAUUGAUCCAAUGUGGAUUGAAUCUCUUAACACUGUGAUGGACGACAAUAAGGUUUUGACGUUGGCCAGUAACGAGCGGAUCCCCCUCAACCCCACCAUGAGACUUCUGUUUGAAAUUAGUCACCUACGAACAGCAACUCCAGCCACUGUCUCUAGAGCAGGGAUUUUAUACAUUAAUCCUGCUGACCUCGGCUGGAACCCCCCGGUUAGCAGCUGGAUCGACAAGCGAGAGGUCCAGUCUGAGAAAGCAAAUCUGACCAUCUUGUUUGAGAAAUACCUGCCUUUAUGCCUGGAUACCCUUAGGACAAGGUUUAAGAAGAUCAUCCCAGUCCCGGAGCAGAGCAUGGUCCAGAUGCUUUGCUAUUUACUGGAGUGUUUGUUGACAAAGGAAAACACCCCCCCAGACUGCCACAAGGAACUCUAUGAACUCUAUUUCGUCUUUGCAGCUACCUGGGCCUUUGGUGGUGCAAUGUUUCAGGACCAGCUUGUUGACUACAGAGUGGAGUUCAGUAAGUGGUGGACAUCAGAGUUUAAGACCAUCAAAUUCCCAUCGCAAGGUACAGUUUUUGACUAUUACAUCGACUCGGAGACAAAGAAAUUUGAGCCCUGGUCCAAGCUUAUUCCAAAAUUUGACCUUGAUCCUGACAUGCCUCUCCAGGCAUGCUUGGUGCAUACCGUAGAAACCAUUCGCAUCUCUUACUUCAUGGAAAGGCUGCUGGAUAGACGCAAGCCUGUCAUGCUUGUGGGGAAUGCUGGGACAGGUAAAUCUGUGCUGGUGGGUGAGAAACUUGGAUCGCUGGACCCUGAUGAGCACUUGGUGAAGAAUGUACCAUUUAACUACUACACUACAUCUGCCAUGCUACAAGCCAUACUGGAAAAGCCCCUUGAGAAGAAAGCUGGCAGGAAUUAUGGACCGCCUGGCACCAAGAGACUGAUAUACUUUAUUGAUGACAUGAACAUGCCUGAAGUCGACACGUAUGGCACUGUUCAGCCACAUACCCUCAUCAGGCAACAUCUGGAUUACAAUCACUGGUAUGACCGAACUAAGCUAUCACUCAAAGAGAUUCAUAAUGUGCAGUAUGUGUCCUGUAUGAAUCCCACAGCUGGCAGUUUCACCAUAAACCCUCGCCUGCAGCGUCACUUCUGUGUGUUUGCUCUGUCGUUUCCUGGCGUGGAUGCCCUUGCAACCAUCUACGGUACCAUUCUGGCUCAGCAUCUCAAGCUUGGCAACUUUGCAGGGGCAUUGCAGAAAUCCACGCAGCAGCUGAUCAGCCUGGCACUGGCCCUGCAUCAUAAAGUGGCUUCCACAUUUCUGCCAACGGCCAUCAAAUUCCAUUACAUCUUCAAUCUGCGGGACCUGUCCAACAUCUUUCAGGGUAUUCUCUUCACUACAACUGACUGUUUGAAAACUCCUCAGGACCUGGUCAAGCUAUAUCAGCACGAGUCUAAUCGCGUCUACAGGGAUAAGAUGGUGGAAGAUAAAGACUUUGGCAUCUUUGAUAACAUCCAGACUGAAUUGGUGAAAAAGUUCUUUGAUGACAUGCAGGAGACACUGGAGCAGACUAGAAUCAUGAACAUGUACUGCCACUUUGCUCAUGGUGUUGGGGAACCCAAGUACAUGCCUGUCCGGGACUGGGAGACCCUAAACAAAAUCCUGAUGGAAGCUUUAGAAAAUUACAAUGAACUGAAUGCUGCCAUGAGCUUGGUCCUUUUUGAGGAUGCCAUGAGCCACAUUUGCCGAAUUAACCGGAUUUUGGAGUCUCCCAGAGGAAACGCCUUGCUUGUUGGUGUUGGUGGGAGUGGUAAACAGAGUCUUACAAGGCUCGCGGCUUACAUCAGUUCAUUGGAGGUCUUCCAGAUCACUUUAAGAAAAGGCUAUGGCAUUCCUGACUUAAAGAUUGAUCUUGCUAACCUGUAUUUAAAUGCUGGAGUCAAGAAUGUGGGCACUGUAUUCCUAAUGACAGAUGCUCAGGUAGCUGAUGAAAAGUUUUUAGUACUCGUGAAUGACCUGCUGGCAUCAGGUGAAAUCCCUGACCUGUUAUCUGAUGAAGAAGUGGAAAAUGUCAUCAACAAUGUGCGGAAUGAGGUCAAAGGGCAGGGAUUGAUGGACACCAGGGAGAAUUGCUGGAAAUUCUUCAUAGAUCGUGUCAGGAGGCAACUAAAGGUCGCUUUGUGUUUCUCACCUGUCGGUAACAAGCUGCGCAUUCGCAGUAGGAAGUUCCCUGCUGUCGUGAACUGCACUGCAAUCAACUGGUUCCACGAGUGGCCCCAAGAGGCGUUGGAGUCUGUCAGCCUGCGCUUCUUACAGGAGACUGACAACGUUGAUCCUGCAAUAAAGGAAUCUGUCAGCAAGUUCAUGGCAUAUGUCCACGUUAGUGUCAAUGAGAAAUCCAAAUCCUACUUAGUUAAUGAGCGGCGUUACAAUUAUACUACACCCAAGUCAUUCCUUGAACAGAUCAAGUUGUAUCAGAGCCUGCUGGCUAAGAAGAGCAAAGAGCUUACUGCCAAGAUGGAGCGUUUGGAGAAUGGACUGCAGAAAUUGAACAGUACAUCAGCACAGGUAGAUGAUCUGAAAGCCAAACUGGCUGCGCAGGAAGUUGAGCUGAAGCAGAAAAACGAAGAUGCUGACAAGCUGAUUCAAGUAGUUGGAGUUGAAACAGAGAAAGUAAGCAAAGAAAAAGCCAUUGCAGACGGGGAAGAACAGAAGGUGGCUCUCAUUGCUGAGGAAGUUACCCGAACACAGAGAGACUGUGAGGAGGAUUUAGCAAAAGCCGAGCCUGCCCUUAUUGCUGCUCAGGAAGCCCUCAAUACUUUGAAUAAGAACAAUCUGACAGAAUUGAAGUCCUUUGGCUCACCUCCCUCAGCUGUGACAAAUGUCACCGCUGCUGUGUUGGUGCUUACAGCGCUGGGAGGCAAGGUACCCAAAGACCGCAGCUGGAAGUCGGCGAAGGUCAUGAUGGCAAAGGUAGAUGGGUUCCUUGAUUCCCUGAUCAACUUCAAUAAAGAGAACAUCCACGAGAACUGCCUCAAAGCUAUUCAGCCAUACAUGCAUGACCCGGAGUUCAACCCAGAGUUUAUUGCAUCCAAGUCUCUAGCCGCCGCUGGCCUUUGCUCCUGGGUUGUCAACAUAGUGAAAUUUUACGAAGUCUAUUGUGAUGUUGAGCCUAAGCGGCAAGCUUUAAACAAAGCCAAUGCGGAAUUAGCUGCCGCCCAGGAUAAACUGGCAAUUAUCAAAGCCAAGAUAACUCAAUUGAAUGAAAACUUAGCUAAACUAACAGCAAAAUUUGAGCAGGCAACGGCAGAUAAACUGAAAUGCCAACAAGAAGCUGAAUCGACUGAACGUACAAUUGCCCUUGCCAAUCGACUGGUUGGUGGCCUGGCCUCAGAAAAUGUACGUUGGGCUGAAGCUGUGCGUAACUUCAAGCAACAGGAGAGCACGCUGUGUGGAGAUGUGCUCCUCAUCACUGCCUUUGUUUCAUAUCUGGGCUACUUCACCAAGAAGUACAGGCAGGAUCUAAUGGAUGGAAUGUGGAAGCCUUAUCUUGGGCAACUCAAAGUUCCAAUACCGGUAACCUCUGAUUUGGAUCCCUUGACCAUGCUGACAGAUGAUGCAGAUGUUGCAACCUGGCAGAACGAAGGCCUCCCUGCUGACAGAAUGUCUACAGAGAAUGCUACCAUCUUGACCAGCUGUGAGCGCUGGCCACUUGUGAUUGAUCCCCAGUUGCAGGGUAUCAAAUGGAUCAAGAACAAGUAUGGAGAAGAUCUCCGAGUUGUGAGGAUUGGCCAGAAAGGGUACUUAGAUAUUAUGGAACAUGCUCUUGGGGCAGGUGAAGCAGUACUAAUUGAAAAUCUAGAAGAAUCAGUGGAUCCUGUGCUGGGGCCUUUAUUGAGUCGAGAAACCAUAAAAAAGGGCAGAUGCAUAAAAAUUGGAGACAAGGAAUGUGAGUACAAUUCCAGCUUCCGCCUUAUUCUUCACACUAAACUGGCAAAUCCUCACUACCAGCCUGAGAUGCAAGCCCAGUGUACUCUUAUUAACUUCACUGUUACAAGAGAUGGCUUAGAGGACCAACUUCUGGCCGCUGUGGUCAGUAUGGAGAGGCCAGACCUAGAAGAAUUGAAGUCCAACCUCACAAAACAGCAAAAUGGCUUCAAAAUCACCUUGAAAACCUUGGAGGACAAUCUGCUUUCCCGCCUUUCCUCCGCUUCUGGAAACUUCCUCGGAGACACAGCCUUGGUAGAAAACCUGGAAACUACCAAGAGGACUGCAGCUGAGAUUGAAGAGAAGGUUGAAGAGGCCAAGGUAACGGAGGUUAAGAUUAAUGAGGCGCGUGAACACUACCGACUUGCCGCAGGCCGAGCUUCUCUAUUGUACUUCAUAAUGAAUGACCUCAAUAAAAUCCAUCCCAUGUACCAAUUCUCUUUGAAGGCUUUUAGCAUUGUGUUCCAAAUGGCUGUGAAAAAGGCACCAGCUGAUGAGGUCCUCAAGCAGAGAGUGGCCAAUUUGAUCGACAGCAUCACAUUUUCUGUGUUCCAAUACACAACACGAGGACUGUUUGAGUGCGAUAAGCUGACCUAUGCAGCUCAGGUUACUUUCCAGGUUCUUCUGAUUAAUAAAGAAAUAAACCCAAAGGAGCUGGACUUCCUGCUUCGAUAUCCAGCCCUGCCAGGAGUCUCCAGCCCUGUGGAUUUCCUUUCCAACCAAUCCUGGGGCGGCAUAAAGGCACUGUCGAAUAUGGAGGAGUUUCGAAACCUUGACCGUGACAUCGAAGGCUCUGCCAAGCGAUGGAAGAAGUUUGCAGAGUCCGAAUGUCCAGAAAAAGAGAAGUUUCCACAGGAAUGGAAGAACAAGACAACAUUACAGCAGCUGUGCAUGAUGAGGGCGUUGAGGCCUGACCGAAUGACCUAUGCAGUGCGAGAUUUUGUUGAAGAAAAAUUGGGCAGCAAAUAUGUUACGAGCAGGUCAUUGGAUUUUUCGACAUCCUUUGAAGAGUCUGGGCCUGCCAUACCAAUGUUUUUUAUCCUUUCUCCUGGUGUCGAUCCACUCAAGGAUGUAGAAAGACAUGGUAAAAAGCUGGGUUUCACAUUCAAUAAUAGAAACUUCCACAAUGUCUCGCUUGGACAAGGCCAGGAGGUGGUAGCUGAACAAGCCCUCGACCUGGCUGCCAGAGAAGGCCACUGGGUUAUUCUACAGAAUAUCCAUUUGGUGGCGAAGUGGCUCAGUACUCUGGAGAAGAAAAUGGAGCAGCACAGUGAGGGUAGUCACGAGAAUUUCCACGUCUUCAUUAGUGCAGAGCCAGCCCCUUCGCCUGACAGCCAUAUCAUCCCUCAGGGUAUCUUGGAGAACUCUAUCAAGAUCACCAAUGAGCCACCAACAGGGAUGCAUGCCAACUUACACAAGUCCCUGGAUAACUUCAAUCAGGACACAUUGGAAAUGUGUGCCCGAGAGAAUGAGUUCAAGAGCAUUCUGUUUGCUCUUUGCUACUUCCAUGCAGUUGCGGCCGAGAGACGUAAGUUCGGGGCUCAGGGCUGGAACCGGUCUUACCCAUUCAACACAGGCGACCUCACCAUCUCGGUCAACGUGCUGUACAACUACCUGGAGGCAAACGCAAAGGUUCCCUAUGAUGACUUGCGCUAUCUGUUUGGUGAGAUUAUGUAUGGAGGACACAUCACAGAUGACUGGGAUAGGCGGCUAUGCAGAACAUACCUGGAGGAGUUUAUUAAACCAGAGAUGAUGGAAGGAGAAGUGCUAUUGGCAGCAGGGUUCCCUCUUCCUCCUAAUUUAGACUACAAUGGCUAUCAUCAGUACAUUGAUGACCUGCUUCCCCCUGAGUCUCCCUACCUGUAUGGUCUCCAUCCCAAUGCAGAGAUUGGGUUCCUGACACUGACCUCAGAGAAGCUCUUCCGCACUGUUCUGGAAAUGCAGCCCAGGGACAGCAGCGGUGGAGAAGGUGGAGGGACCACACGUGAAGAAAAGGUAAAGACUACUUUGGAUGAAGUAAUGGAAAAAUUACCAGAGGAAUUUAACAUCGCAGAGUUGAUGAGCAAGGCAGAGGAGCGGACUCCGUACGUCGUGGUUGCUUUUCAGGAGUGUGAGCGAAUGAACGUUCUUACCUCAGAGAUCAAGCGCUCACUUAAGGAGCUAGAUUUGGGAUUAAAGGGAGAACUGACCAUGACUAGUGACAUGGAGAAUCUGCAAAAUGCCAUCUUCUUUGAUCAAGUACCAGAUUCUUGGAGUAAACGAGCCUACCCAUCAAUGGCUGGUCUAGCUAACUGGUUUGUGGACCUCCUUAACCGCAUUAAGGAACUGGAAACCUGGACAUCCGACUUCGCCCUCCCUUCUGCAGUGUGGCUUGCCGGCUUCUUCAACCCACAGUCUUUCCUGACUGCCAUCAUGCAGUCCAUGGCCAGGAGGAACGAGUGGCCUUUAGACAAAAUGUGUCUUCAGUGUGAUGUCACCAAGAAAAACCGUGAGGAUUGCAGCGCUCUGCCCCGUGAAGGUGCCUACAUCCACGGUCUGUUCAUGGAGGGUGCACGCUGGGAUUCGCAGGGUGGAAUUAUCGCUGACGCUCGUUUAAAGGAACUGACCCCGACCAUGCCAGUCAUUUUCCUCAAAGCUAUCCCUGUGGACAAGCAGGAUACCCGCAGCAUGUACCCCUGCCCGGUUUACAAAACACACCUCCGAGGCCCAACCUACGUCUGGACAUUCAAUCUGAAGACCAAGGAGAAACCUUCCAAAUGGGUGCUGGCUGGAGUCUCACUACUUCUGCAAAUUUAAGUAAUAGAGUUUGCACAUUCUAUACUACAUAGCAGGAAAGACCACUUAGUAAUGUCACUCCAAUUUAGAUCUCUCAAUUUAGUAUAAAAAAUUUAUAGACAUUUUUUAGAAAUGUAAAAAAAAUGACUCAACAGUGAAGGGUUCUGUGAAUAUUCAGAAUAAAGUUUGCACUUUAUUUGUGAUUUCUCAAUUUGAAUCACAUGCAAAUAUAAUUUGAGGCUAUAUCUUGUUAUAUGACAUAUAAAUGUCUUUGUUCCUUCAAUAAAGGGCUUUUUCCAAUC